UGACUGGGAAGGGUUUUGGGUUUUUGUAAACUGGGAGGGCAGAAACCUCCAACCCUACGUCUAAUCGCCGCCGUCGAUUCCAGCCACCGCCCACGGCGGAACCUUCGACAUCAACGCCGACACUGGCAUCGUCUAGAGGUAGUUUCUCGGUUGAAGUCGGAAUCGGAAGUCAUGUGGUACCUCUGCGUGUUUUACCAUAGAUUGUUGGAGUACAGGAAAUCGGAGUUCGAAUCCCUCGCCGGUCUCUUCGACGGUAGAAACGGCGAAAUUUCUCUCCAAUGGAGACUUCCGAAGGAUCACCAUCCGGAUUCCCCUUUCCACUUCGUCGAUCUACCGUCGGAGGAACUGGCACGCAACAUUGCCGAUCGAAGUAUUCUAGUGAAGGGGAUAUAUGAACUUUGGGGUGAAGGAGAUGGUUUAGAGGAACUACAGGACGCUAUCCAGAGGUAUCCCGAUGACCGGAAAUUACCUUAUAUAUCGCCAGGAACCACUUUCAGAAUAACUGUAGAUAGCUUUGGGAAAGCAAUGAGCUCUCAUGAGCAAAAUGCUUGGUUCCAGAAGUUGACUUUCAUUCCAUUUAAGGGGCGAGUGAAUCUCAAAAAUCCUGACCAUAAAUUUUGUCUAAUGGAUAACGAUGAUUAUGGAGAUAAUAAUGGACUCCCUCCUAUUGUUAAAAGGAGAAUCUUUUUUGGUCGGGAAGUAGGUGCUUCUGAUAGGAAGAUAUUGCAGAAGUAUCAGCUGAAAAGCCGAAGAUACCUUGGCCCGACUGCAAUGGAUGCCGAAAUGGCUUUCCUGAUGGCAAAUCAAGCACAAGUCAAGCCAGGGAAACUUGUGUUCGAUCCUUUUGUGGGUACUGGAAGCAUUCUUAUAGCGGCAGCUCAUUAUGGAGCGAUGACAAUGGGUGCAGAUAUUGAUAUUCGAGUAGUGCGCGAUGGCCGUAGCCCGGAUUGUAACGUCUGGAGCAAUUUUAAGCAGUAUGGAUUGCCGAUGCCCAUAUCACUAUUAAGGGCCGACAACAACCUUCCGCCUUGGCGUACUGGUUUAAAAGAGAUGUUUGAUGCCAUAAUAUGCGACCCUCCUUAUGGGGUUCGUGCCGGAGGGCGCAAAUCCGGGGGGCGCAAGCUCUUAAAAGGUGCAGUUGAUCCUUACACUGUACCAGACGAGAAAAGAACCGACCACAUUCCAUCCACAGCUCCUUACAGCUUAAUGGAAUGCAUUCACGACUUGCUCGACCUUGCAGCUAGGAUGCUUGUACUAGGUGGGCGCCUCGUGUACUUCUACCCUGUUCUAAGAGACGAGGAUUCCCCCGAGCCCUCCUUCCCGGAGCACCCAUGUUUCAAACUGGCCGCAACCUGCGAACAAAUUCUCAGCUACCGUUACAGCAGAGUUCUACUGACCAUGGUCAAGGUUGCUCCUUACACCGAAGAUGUCGAACUGGCUGCUAAGCUCAAACAUCUAGACUUCAGAGAAAACCACCUCAAGUGGUUAGAGGAAGGUAAUCUACACUCGGCGGUCUUUUCCCCGAGCGACGUUCAGAGCAACGGAUCCGGCGAAAAGUUCAGCUCGAAGCCGAAAUACCGGGGGAAGUAUGUUUAGGCAGCAGACGAACAACAUUUAAAAUAUGUCACAGAAAGUGUUCUUGUAGUAAUAGCUUAUGAGUAUAAUGCUUAACCUAAUUCUCUUAACAGGCUUCAUAACCUAUGGUUAGGUUAUGAAACCAUGAAUUAUGUACUAUUAUUUUUGUGUUUGGUAAUGUUAACUGGGUACAUGAAUUCCCAAUUUCACA